AUGUGCCCCCGCCCCUCAACAUUUAAUUCCUUCAAGAACAACAUACAAUGUGACGACAAUACACAAACAAUGGGGAAUUUUUCCAGCUUACAAAAUGGUAGGUGUUUUAGGUACAUCGCAAUUACACCCGCUACAUCAUUGGUACCACAAAUCGGGAUGCCUCUUGUCGUGUCCCGAUCCACCGUCCAGGCAUCAAACGCUAAAUUCUUCCAAAACAUCGUCUACAAGAAGAGGUCACUUAGUAUGUGCACAUCAUCGACCUAUACGAAAGACCUCAAAUAAAGAUUGAUAACGAAGAAAUCCAUAUGUGCGCUUAAAUCAUGGUGGCGAAAACAGGAUCCAUCUA